AUGAGAUGGUUUGAAAAGCCUGAGCAUCCAAACGCAGGCUGUGUGCUGGAUCGAUACGUCAGCUGGUCUGACGGCAGCCAGCCACUUUGGUGGUCUGCUGCUGCUUAUGGCAAUGCAGCGCCAUUCAUCUGCACGACGGCGCAGCGCCUGAUCAAUCGUGCAAUUCGUCUUGCGCUGGAAGAGAACGGAUACGAUCGAUACGGGCGGGCAAUUGCCGUUGCCGGCCCCCGGCCCCAAAAGCAUGAUCUUUACGGGACUCUGCGUAUACUAUGUACUUCACCAAAAGUAUUAUGUCAACUCAAAUUUUCGACAGACAUACUAGACAUUGGGCGGAGUAUUGUUACCGCAGCACUACCUCACCUUGCUAUUGUCCAAAACGGCAAGCCAGCGAGUGUUGCCAAACUUGCGCCUAAGGAUUCCUUGGCAAUGAAGCAAGCUUUUUAUCGCAUCAGCUUCUCUUCGCUGAAUCAAUCCUCAAAUUAUAAGCAAGACUCAAAGGGAGGAAACUUUGCCACGAAGCGUAGAGCUCAGGCCUCUUCUCGGAAAUCAACCUUUAGAUAA